AUGGCUGAAAAGACACUCAUAACCUUCAUCCAAAACGCCCUCUCCCUAAGCAACACCCCGCUAACCAUCCGGCGCGAGCCAUCCAUCGAGGGAGACGACCACAAAGUCUUCUUUAUCGACGGGCACGACAACUACAUAUUGCGCGUGACGAAACCGCGGCCGGGCCGCGGAUAUAGCGGGUCGGAAAUGCAGAGACGCGAGAUCGCCAUUCACGACCUCAUCCGAUCAGAGUACGAGAGACGAGGACUCUCGUCGGCAAUGAUCCCACGGUCUGUUGCGUCCUGCAUCCUGGAUGAUGAUAAAGACGGCGACGAAACCACUUCUGCUUCAUUGGAGGUCGUUCUGAAAGGGGCGACGCUGGAUGACGUCCCGGCUACCUCGAGGACAUUGACAAAUUUAACAACCUUGCUAGUGAUUCUGAGGAGUAUUCCUGUCUCACGAUUAGAAGAGAGGCUGGGAGUCAAGGUUCCCAUGCUGGAAUAUCCGGAGUUAAUGCAGUGGAGGUCCGAUGCGGUCGAAGCAUGGCGACGACUCGUUCGCAAUGACCAGCUAGGGGGUGUCAACUGGGGAGUCCCCCCGGAGACAAGCUUGGAAGAGUAUAUCGAAACAAAGACAGCAUUCAUGGAGGAGAUACGGGCCUUUUCAUUGGGUAAUGGGAAAGACGACGAAAUAGUUCUCACUCACAACGAUAUCAAAGGCGAACAUAUCCUUAUAUCUCACACGGACGGUUCCAUAACUGGGAUCCUGGACUGGGCGGAUGUCGGACUAGGAAGUCCGGCUAUCGAUAUUGCUGGCGUAUUGCUGACCGUGGGGACAACAGCGACGAUCAAGGUGGCGAGGGAGGCAGGCUAUGGAGAGAAGGUGAUCCUCGAGGGCAUCAUGUUUGGACGAUGCAUGUGUGUCACAAGACUGGAUGAUCGGUUGAAUGGGAACGAUACACAGACCCCAGUGCCGUUACUGAAGCAGCAGUUGCUCGUCUCUUUACAGGACUGA